AUGCGCAAACUGCGUCAAGCCAAGAAUCGCAUUAAGCAGGCAACAGACGAGGCGGAACGCAGUGAACAGGAGAAGAAAUUCCAGACGUACCGCGAAGAGAUGAUGUACAUUUACUACUACCCGAAAGCUGAGCCCUACCUCUCUCUGUUCCCGUCUGCACCUCACUCGGAGGAGGAUCAGAAGCGCCAAAAAGAGCUUCGUGCGGAGGCAAUUGCUCAGUUUGAGAAAGAGCAACCGACCGAAGCGUUCCACCACUUCUGCUUCAACGACGGCAAGUCCAAGGAUUCCAGUUCUGCGAACGAGGCGCGACCUGCCGUGGAACUCUUGCUCAAGAAGCCCACGAAGGAACAAGUCAAGAAGCAGAAGAAAGCUCGCAGUAAACGUGAAAAGUCUGGAGGGAAGACGAAGCCAACUCCCGCUCUCGUCGAUCAAGAUGACGACGACAUGCCUGACGCGUCGAAGGCAGCGAGUGACAAGGAAGACGAAGAGGAAGAACAGGAAGAGGACGAUUUCUUCUUGUAG